UGUCAUUCUUCAUGGCUAUCUUUGUACUCGUAACUGGUGCAGUACCUAUAGAUGAAGAAAGGGUACAUGGAGUACGUUAUUGUUCUGACCAUUUGAGCAAUCUUAGUUAUGAACAGAAGCUAUUGAAAAUUGAGAAGUGUGAACAUGAGAUAUCCAAAAAACGAGCCAUUGAUGGAUAUAUUAUACUCAUUGCUGUAGUUGAUAUAGCAAUAUCAUUGAUAAAUGGUUGCUAUGGAAUCAAAGGAAUUUGUUGUGAUGGUAACCAUGGUGACGCGGAACGUACCGAUGAUGGGUCGAAAAAGCCAGUUCGUGAAGACAGGAAAAUGGGCAUUGACGCAGGGUCUGUUUUCCAGAAGUUCAUCAAUGCUGUAUCGUUUUGCAGACCACAACCAGUGCAGAUCUACCUGGUUCUUAACCAGACAGGAAAUGGAUUACAAGGGCUUCCCUUGGUAACGAACAUGCAAGGUGCAUCACUACCUGGACAAAAUGUCAUUUUUCCUGUCAACUCGCAGGGAGUUUCCAUGCCAACCAGUCCAGACAUGACAGGUGUGUCUCAGAACUCUACUGAUGAGUUGUGUACAACAGAGAAAUCACUACUUCUGUGAGAAUAUCAUAUCCACAUUAUAAGGAGGAAGCAGCAAAUUAUAUGGGGUAGCAGUUUCCAGUUGUAUAGGCAAUGGAUUCUGUAAUUUAGUCAAUAGUAGGUUAUGUAAUUAUUCAGAGAAAUAUAAUAUUAUAAAUAACAACCCGGCUGGGUUUAGAAAAGGUUAUCAGACCGUUGAUCAAUUUUGUUAUCUAAAACAAUAGUUAGUAAAUACCUUAAACAAAAUGGUAAACAAUAUACACGCUUUUUAGAUUUCCACAAGACUUUGAUACUGUUUGGUGGGAUGGCUUAUUAAAUGAUUUAUUGAAGAAU